AUGUCUCGCUCGUUCUAUGUGGAUUCGCUCAUCAUCAAGGACCCGGCUCGGCCGGCUCCCUCGUUGCCGGAUCACCACCACCCGCCCCCCGGGCAGGACUUCCUCAUCCCGCUGGGCGUGCCGUCGCCGCUGGUCAUGUCGGUGGCGGGCGGGCCGGCGUGCCCGUCGCGCAAGAGCGGCGCUUUCUGCGUGUGCCCGCUGUGUGUCAGCUCGCACCUGCACGCCUCUUCCCGGGCGGGCGCGGCAGGAGGAGCCGGAGGAGGAGGAGGAGCGGGCGCCGCUGCCGCCAUCCCGCUCCUCAAGGGCCACUUUCCUCCCGCUGCGGCCGGCGAGGGCCAGUAUUGCCCCCGCCUGAGCCAUGCCCAGCAGCAGCCAGCCCCGCAGCAGCAGCAGCAGCAGCAAGCCGGCUCGGUGGCCUCCGCGGCGGCGGCGGCAGUGGCGGCAGCGCACGCCCUGGGCCACCCACCUGUCUGCGCAGCGGCCGCCUACAGCAUGAGCGACCCCCGGCGAUUCCACUGCCUCGGCAUGGGUAGGAGCUUCCUCCGCCGCGUCCCGCCUUUGGGGGACUGGGAGGUGGGGUUGGGGAUCCAGGGGGCAGCGGGGUGGUUGAAAGGAAAGCUGGGACAGGUCCACUAACAGGUCGGCUCUCCAGGUAAGGCGGGGUCCAAAGGCGGUUCUUCUGCAGCCCUUCCUUUCCGGAGUGGCUCCGGAUCGUGUUCGCACCGGUUGGUGCCGAAAGAGUUAAGCGGGGAGAGGAGACCCCUCUGGGGGUUGCACCUGUGUGAGCCCCCAACCCUGCAAUCAGUUCAGCCGGUAGAGCAUGAGAUCUUGGCUCUCAAGGUCGUAGGUUCGAGCCCCGCGUUGGGCAAAAGAUUUCUGCAUUGCAGGGGGUUCGGCUGGAUGACCCUCGGGGUCCCUUCCAACUCUACAAUUCUAUGAUCCUCUGGAGGCUUUCCGUUUGCUCCGACGGGGUUGUGCCAUAAACCAGCUCCACCACCGUCCUCAGUCCUGUCACUUGGCUACUCCGACUAGAAACAUUUGAUUCCGCUCCCCGCCCGUGUUGGCAGCUCACGCGUUUCCAAGAGUGAGCCCCACUGACUUCCCAAAGCAUCCUCAAAUCCUUCCAAGGCAACCCUCCGACUCCCAAGGAGAGCAAGGACCUCCUAAAACGCCCCUCUGACUUCGUGGGGAUCAGCCCAUCAUCAAGAGCGCUAGGCUCUUAAACUCACUCAACCUCUUCCCCUCCGGGGGACCUUCAGUGAGGAAAUUCAGAAGCUAAGAAGUGCGAGGACUGGCGCGUUAGUUUAGCGGGCUUCUUUUUUCCAUCUUCCCUAGACGCGAAGGUGAGAAGUUGUUAAAGUGAGAUCUGGAUACUGUAGGUAAUGUUGUGAGGCUGCGGUGCAGGGAGGGCACUAAAGUAUUUCCGCACCCUAUAGACUUCAGUCCUCCGUUUCCUCCUGGCCAGAUUUGACGUGAGUGGGAUUAUCUCGCAGAAAGCAAUUUGGGGAUUGGUAUUCCACUUAAUUGAGGAUAAGUGGUCAGAAAGAUGCGAGGAUGGAGCUGCAUGGCUCCCAGAGAACAGGUGCAGAGGCCGGGCUGGCUCCGACUCAGAGCGACCCGAAGAGAGCCAGAUGCGUGUCUUUGAUUCUGAAUGGAGCAGAGCGCGUGUAUGUCACAGGCUGAAGCAGAAUCAAGCUACGGGGUGCGUCUCUUCUUCUGAGAAUAGCGGCAAACCCCAAGCCAUUCUCUCGCGAGUAGUCCCAUUGGCUUGAGGAUCCCAGUCUGAGCCUACACCUUCAGACCGGAUCAACGAUAAGUUCUGUGAAAUGUGCUUUUUUCGGAGCAAUAGGCUUGACGGAUACGAGUUGCACAUUCAGUCUUAGAAUGGACAGUUUUCUCAGAGACACGGAUGUGAAGGAUGGAUCUGACCCACGUUGCGAUCCUUAGCAACCUCAACCAAUCAAGGCUUGCAGCCAGUCAAUGAAAAGAGGCAAUAGCUCGAGGAAGAUCCUAUUCUGAUCUUAGCUGAGCACCAGAGUCUGACAAGACUGCUCUGAGAAUCUCAGUCUACACUUGCAAUCCAGGAUCAGGACACAGGGUUACUUUGAGUAGAUUUUAGGUGCAUGCAGCUCAUUGGGACUGGCUUCUGCAAUCCGCAUAGAUGAUCCGGAUCAAUGCAGGCAUAAACUGGAACCUCUGAACGGUUCCUUCUAACUGGAGUUAAUAAUACCGAAGUUAGAAUAAAGAGUUUGAAAGGUAUCCUUCUGCGCACGCCUUUCCUUCGAGCAGACACUUUGACUUUGCUUCUCGUGUGCUUGUCAAAGGUGUAAAAAAAAUAUACUGUAAAGGUCUGCUGCCAAGAAGGGCAUAAAAGAGUUCUUCCCUCUCGGAUAAAACGAAGCAAGGAUUGACGAGGUGUAGAACUGUAACCUCUCAUUUCCAACUAGCGAGACUUGAAAAGAAGUAGGCUGUUCUCUCUGAAAGGCUAGAGCCAGAGGAAGUCUAACAGUUGAAAGCAGCACUCAGCUAUGGGCAAUGCAGCAAUUUGAUUUUCAUUUAAGGACAGUUGGAGCAGAUAGUUACUAUUUACCACUGAGUAACUACUACUUUCAGAAGAAGAAAUUAGGAUAGGAGGACUUCCAGUCCAGAGGCGUGGCUUGCAGGCAGCCUUAACCCCUGACACUUCCUUUGAGUAAAAUAAUAACGUGAUAUCAGUCAACCGCGGAGUGUGCAAGCUUCUGGAGUUUCCGUUUCACCUGGCAAAGGUGAAGAGGAAAGGCUACAUUGGCUUCCACCUGGUUUAGCUGCUUGGGCAGAAAUAAAUUGCCACACACACACAUAGUGCUAGAACUCUGAGCCUUCCAGCAGAGUGGAUGGACUGUCGUUCCAUCACAGGGUCAUUCUGCACAGGUGCCUGAUAUAUUUGUGGAAUUUGCUGCCACGUGGUGAUGACCUUUGGUUAAGAUGGCUUGAAAAGGGGGAUGAGACUGAGUCAUGGAAGACAGCUCUGUCGGUGGCUACUGGUCAUCAUCGCUGCCUAUGCCACUUCAAGGAUCAGAGGCUGCAUGUCUAUGAACACCAGCCUUUGUGGAACAAAAAAGGGGAUGGGGGUAUUUUCCUCAUGCACUGCCGCAGUUUGCAGGCUUCCCAUAGUCAACUGCGGAAAAUCGGGUGCUGGUCUUGAUGGUCUUUUGGUAUGACCCAAAACUUACAGUAUUAUGUUCUGAUGUUUCCUGUUUUUAGGGAUCAAACUAGUCACUGUUCGGUGGCCCAGCACUUCUAGUUAAAGACCUCGUGUUUCAUUUUCCUAAAACGAGUGACUCCAAAUUCUCAGCGGAUUGCUGGGGGAGCCACCCUACUUGUGGCUAUUCAAGGCCAAGCGAAAGGCUCCCUCUGUGUUACCACUUGGUUCUUUAUUCCAGGACUCAGCCUGGGUUUUGGAAACAUAUUCCAGGGCUCAGGCCCAGCAUUUUAGCAUUUCCUUUCUGUCGGUUGCUAACUGGGUCUUUUUUGUGUGUGUGUUCUCCACCUCUCCCCCCCCCCCCCCAGGAGGCUCGGAUGCCAGCCAGUUGCAAAACGGCAAGCGGAUGCGCACGGCCUUCACCAGCACGCAGCUGUUGGAGCUGGAGAGGGAGUUCUCGUCCAAUAUGUACCUGUCCCGGCUGCGUAGGAUCGAGAUCGCCACGUACCUCAACCUGUCCGAGAAGCAGGUGAAGAUCUGGUUCCAGAACCGGAGGGUGAAGCACAAGAAGGAAGGCAAAGGGACCCAAAGGAAUCCGCACGGCGGCUGCAGCUGCACCGGCAACCCGGGACGUUACUCCAGGUCCGAGGACGAAGAGUCGCUCUCGCCGGCCUCGGCUAACGAAGACAAGGUCUCCCCUUUAUGA